AUGUUUUUUUCUGACUUCCAGGUUUCACCGAUUCAGGAGAACGUAAUCGUUGGAAAUAGACCCUGGUGGGAGCGUUAUCAGCCGAUUUCAUACGGCUGGUCAACAAGGUCCGGUGACGAAAAUUCAUUUAGAGAUAUGCUUCACAGAUGCAACAAAGCUGGUGUGCGAAUUUACGUUGACGCAGUUUUAAAUCACAUGAGCGCAGAUCAACCGACUGACCUUGGAACCGGAGGUUCAAGGGCUGACACCAAAGGUCUUCAAUUUCCAGCCGUACCUUAUGGCCCCGCAAAUUUCCAUCCUAAAUGCUCCGUCAAUAAUUAUGCAAACGCUAAUAACGUUAGAAAUUGUGAGCUUGUAGGUUUGCAUGACCUUGAUCAGUCACAGGAAUAUGUUAGGAACAAGAUGGCAGAUUUCAUGAAUGCUGCAAUUGAUGCUGGUGUUGGUGGAUUCCGCAUUGAUGCCGCAAAACACAUGUGGCCAAAAGACCUCGAAGCAAUCUAUUCAAAACUGCACAAUCUAAAUACUGAACACGGAUUUCCUGAAAAUGCACGGCCGUUCAUUUAUCAAGAAGUAAUUGGAGAUCCAGGCGCUGUAUCCACGAAAGAAUACGAUGGUAUGGCAGUAGUAACGGAAUUUAAAUACGGAAACGAAUUAUCGAAUGCUGUGAGAGGCAACAAUCCUUUGAAAUGGCUGGUUAAUUGGGGAGAAAAAUGGGGAAUGUUACCAUCAGAUCAUUCUUUGGUUUUUGUUGAUAACCACGAUACCCAACGCAGCGGUGGUCGAGUUUUGACUUACAAGGAUUCAAAAUUGUACAAGGUGGCAAUAGCUUUUAUGCUGGCUCAUCCAUACGGUAUUCCUCAAGUGAUGAGUUCUUUCGACUUCACUAAUUUUGAUGUUGGACCACCAGCUGAUGGUAAUGGUAAUAUUGUGUCUCCUGGAAUUAACUCUGAUAACACUUGUAGCAAUGGAUGGGUCUGUGAACAUCGCUGGAGACCCAUUUACAACAUGGUGAAGUUUCGUAAUGCUGUCAAUAAAACAAACAUUGAAUCUUGGUGGGACAAUGGCAACUAUCAAAUUGGUUUUUGUCGUGGUAGUGCUGGUUUUAUAGCUAUUAAUUUAGAAAACGGAGAUCUUAACCAAAAACUUCAUGUUUGCCUUCCAUCUGGAACUUAUUGUGAUGUCAUUUCCGGAGAUUUGAUUAAUGGUAGCUGCAGUGGAAAAAAGGUUCAUGUGGACCAAAAUGGUGAUGCUAAUAUUGAAAUCAGACAUGAUGAGUUCGAUGCUGUUCUCGCAAUUUAUAGAAAUGUUAAAGAGUAACUCAUGUGCAGGAUUUGGAUUGAAUAGUUAAUUUCGUUAGAAAAAAUUACAGUCUUAAAUACUUUUUAUAAAAGUUUUCUGUAUGAUGCAUAAUUGUAAUAA